UCGCACUGGGUCGACAUCUGGACCGCGAUGCCUCAAUUGACUGAGCCAGGAAAUCUACCCCCAGACCCUUUUAAUGCUAGCUCGUUCGUCUUCUUCAAUACAACGCUUCGUCAGACACUUCGACUCACCCACCCUGCCUCCACGAUCCGUCUUCGACUUUCCAAUGCGUUUGGCCUGGAUGACCUCGAUGUCACCAACGUAUCUCUUGCUCAUCCAGUGAAGAAUGAGCUUGGAGCCAGUUCUAUCACUCCAAACACAGUUCACCCCAUUCUGUUUGAUGGCUUUCACGGCAUCAUCAUACCUCCAGGGAGUCUGGCUGUAUCUGACCCGAUUCAACUACCAUCGGCCAGGCUAAACACUACUCUCACCGUCGAUAUCUACCUCGCAGGCGGCCAAACAGGCGGAGCCAUAACCUCGCAUCCGGGGAGUCGAACAACCUCGUGGAUGCAGUUCGGAAACUCCAUCGGAACCACCAACUUCACCGAUGUAUCCGUAGCCAGCGUUGAACAUUGGUACUUUAUCAGCACCGUCGAGGCAUACCUGCCAAGCACAGUCAAAGCCUGCGCCAUUCUAGGAGACAGUAUCACCGACGGGAGGGGCAGUGACAACAAUCAAAACAAUCGAUGGCCCGACCUCCUCCUCAACCGGUUGCAAUCCACAAACUCCACCCUUCUCUCCCAAAUCCCCCUCCUCAACCAAGCCGCCGGCGGCAACCGCAUCCUCCACGACAGUCUCGGUCCCUCGCUGCUCUCGCGCAUCGACCGCGACGUCCUAGCCCACUCGCAAGUCCACUCCGCCAUCCUCUUCGAAGGAGUCAACGACAUCGGAACCGCCGACACCACACCCCUCGCCCAGACCAUCACAGGGGUCCGGAUGAUCCGCGCCUACCGCCAGAUCGUCACGCGACUACAUGCCGCCGGGAUCCCCGUCUUCGGGGCGACGAUCACGCCGUUCGGGACCCCGGCGAACUCAUCUGUGGUGCAGCCGUACUCUGAUGCGGAAAGGGAGCGGACCCGACAGCGCGUGAAUGCGUUUAUCCGGGAAAGUGGGGUGUUUGAUGCGGUGCUGGAUUUUGAUGCUGUGUUGCGGGAUCCGGAUCAUCCGGAGCAGUUGAGGGGGGAGUAUGACUCGGGAGAUCAUUUGCAUCCGAAUGUGGAAGGGUAUGAGGCUUUGGCGGAGUCAGUGGAUUUAGGGGUAUUCUUGAAGGCGCACGGUCUAUGAUUUGAUGGAGAGAAUGGCUGAGUACGGUAUAUACUCUCG